AUGCCUCUUUCCGAGAACAAGGCCAGGUCCCUCAGAGGAGAACUUUACCAUGCGUUUACUCCAGAGCUAGUCGCAGAGCGUCGUCGAUGCGCACGCGCCUGCACAAAGUACAACAAAGCGGGAGAAGAUGAAUCAAUGACCAGAAGACGUCAGGUCGAACUGUGGAAGGACAUCAUCCAAGACACCAGACCACUGCCACCUCGUAAAGAGGAUAGCACAGAAGAUGAAGAUGAAGAAUUACUAGCCUCCGAAGCGUGGGUCGAGGCCCCGUUCCAUGCAGACUAUGGCACAAACGUACGUCUAGGAGAAGGUGUCUUCAUCAACUUCAAUUGCACCAUCAUUGAUACCUGUCUCGUUUCCAUCGGCUCGAGGACUCUGUUGGCACCAAACGUAAGCCUGUACUCUGGCACCCACCCUUUAGAUCCUGACUUGAGGGACGGAACCAACGGCCCAGAGUCUGGUAAACCCAUCACAAUUGAGGAGGAUGUUUGGAUUGGUGGCAAUGUGACCGUCUGUCCCGGUGUGACAAUUGGACGGGGCAGUACCGUGGGUGCGGGUAGUGUCGUGACAAAG